GUUGGGUCUAAGGGUUUUGUAAUUUCGAAGCUUCUCUCUCUCGUUUCUCAAUCUGCGAUUCACCAUUUCUCUCGUCUCGUCGUCUCUCAGAAAUCUUUUUAGUUGAGAGAGCUAUAAUGGGGAGAAAGGCUGGAAAUUUGUACAUAAACCCGAAAAAGCUCGGGAAUUUGGCGAAACCGUGUAUGAAGGAAAUGGUAUCGUUCUUGAACUGUAUGGCUCUUAACAAUAUCAAAGAUGAUAAAUGUGAGAAACAGAAGCAACUCCUGAGUGUUUGUAUGCAAGGCCAGUCGGAUCAUAAGAACAAGUCUUGGGGUAACAUUAACUACCAUUUGCAGAGGCUAACCCGUGGAAGAAAGUAAUCGAAAGCAAUGGGAUCUUGUUAUCCAUAGACCGAUAGAUGAAUCCGUUGUUCGAUCUUGUCAUUUGUCUCUGUGUUCUUUGAGGUAUGUAGAAGAAGAACUUUGGACACAUUGUUCAUCGAGAGAAAGGAUUAUUGGUCUCUUUGUUUUGCAAUAAACAUGUCUUCUGAGUCAAGGGUCAGGCAGAAGAUCCAUUAGUAUUAAUGAUGAUGUGCUUAGUCUAGUUUAAAUUAGAAAUGAUAUGUACCAAAUUGCAAUUAAAACAUUGAUUAUUAGAAAACUUGAAGCUACAAUAAGAUUUAAGUUGUAAUUUUUUUUUUUUUUCUCAACUUAAAUUAGGGUUAGUAGUGUCUUUAAAUUACAUGUUAGCAUUACUGGAAAAAAGUCUUAAUACAAAUAAGAGUUUCAAUAAGGUACAAGUGAAUGCAACAGAACUGUUUACAUAUUUUUUUCUUCAUAAACAUUUAUGCAUAUUCUUGAGAUAAAUGUUUACUAAAAAAACUUUCGAUGAUUUUCAAUCUGAUCCGGGUGUUUUCUCCAAGCUGCCAAGAUGCCUUUAAAACAAAGCAUUAAAAGUGGUUAGUGAUUGUCAAAUGAAUACGAUAAAUGG